GGAAAUGAGACAGAGGCGGGCCCAGUGGAGGAGGAGAGACCAUGGCGUGGAGACUGCUGAAAAAGCGGGUCCAGGAUGCACUAGUCAUCCUGGGGAGUGGAGGACUUCUCUUUGCCUCCUACCUGACGGCCACCGGGGAUGAGCGUUUCUACGCUGAACACUUGAUGCCAACUCUGCAGGGGCUGCUGGACCCUGAGUCAGCCCACAGGCUGGCUGUUCGUGUCACCUCCCUGGGGCUCCUUCCUCGUGCGACAUUUCAGGACUCUGACAUGCUGGAAGUGAGAGUCCUGGGCCGAAAGUUCCGAAACCCAGUGGGAAUUGCUGCAGGAUUUGACAAGCAUGGGGAGGCUGUGGAUGGACUUUACAAGAUGGGCUUUGGUUUUGUUGAGAUAGGCAGUGUUACCCCAAAACCUCAGGAAGGAAACCCCAGGCCCAGAGUCUUCCGCCUGCCCGAGGACCAAGCUGUCAUUAACAGAUACGGAUUUAACAGUCAUGGGCUGUCGGUGGUGGAACACAGGUUACGGGCCAGACAGCAGAUGCAGGCCAGGCUCACAGAAGGUGGGCUGCCACUGGGAAUAAACCUGGGGAAGAAUAAGACCUCGGUGGACGCUGCCUCGGACUACGCUGAGGGAGUUCGAGUCCUGGGCCCCUUGGCUGACUACCUUGUAGUGAACGUGUCCAGUCCCAACACCCCAGGGCUGCGGAGCCUUCAGGGAAAGGCUGAGCUGCGCCACCUUCUGACCAAGGUGCUGCAGGAGAGGGAUGCCCUGAAGGGACCGCAAAAGCCGGCCCUUCUGGUGAAGAUUGCACCUGACCUCACAGCCCAGGACAAGGAGGAUAUUGCCAGUGUGGUGAGAGAGUUGGGCAUUGAUGGACUGAUUGUCACGAACACCACAGUGAGUCGCCCCACCAGCCUCCAGGGUGCCCUGCGCUCUGAAACAGGAGGGCUGAGUGGGAAGCCCCUCCGGGACUUAUCGACACAAACCAUCCGGGAGAUGUAUGCACUCACCCAAGGCAGAGUUCCCAUCAUCGGGGUUGGCGGUGUCAGCAGCGGGCAGGACGCACUGGAGAAGAUCCGGGCUGGGGCCUGCCUGGUGCAGCUGUACACGGCCCUCACCUACUGGGGGCCACCCGUGGUGGGCAGAGUGAAGCGGGAGCUGGAGACCCUUUUGAAGGAGCAAGGUUUCACCAGAGUCACGGAUGCCAUUGGUGCAGAUCAUCGGAGGUGAGGACAUUGUCUGUGGGAAGCCUCAUCUGGAACCUUCCCACCGAAUCAGGCAAGCCUUUGUGGCUGGAUCAAGAGAGGGAGGACUCUGGCUUGAGCCACAUCCUACAAAGAUAAGAGCCCUUUCUCUGAGGCCAGCCCGGACUGGAAAGGUCACUUGUGAGGGUCACCAGAAUGAACACCAGGCUUUCUUCAAGGACUUUUUAGACCAUGAACUGCAUUUGGGAUUUUUUUCAGACGUAAAUCCCAGGAUUCUUUGACAUUGCAAGAACAUUAGUUAUUUGAGGGGGGUGGGGAAUCAUGGAAACAAAAUAAAGCCAUUUGAAAUCCAGAUAAACCUCAGCCCUUUCUGGAAGGUCCACUGGCUUCAGACACUAUAGGUCCUUCCAGGCCUCUGCUACUUGGGUUCUGCAGUGGGCUUCUCAGGAGCUUGAAUCUCUUACAUUCUAUCUCUAUUUUUAUUUAUUUUAAGUUUUAACUAUUUUGAAAACAUUUCAAACAUAGGCAGAGUUGUAAUCAGAGGGCUUGGGCAUGACUGUCCUCUCCCUGUGUCCUCACAUCAUCUUCCUUCUCUGAGCCUGUGUCCUGAUGUCCGCCUGUAAGGACACUGGUCAUUUAGAUUAGGGCCCACCCCCGUGACCUCAUUUCAACCUGAUUACCUCUGUAAAGACCCUGUUGCUAAAUAAGGUCACACUUUGAAGUAUUGGGGAGUUAGUAUUUCAAUGUAUCAAUUUUGGGGGGACACAGUCCAACCCAUCACAAGAAAUGUACUUGCUUCCCUGCUUUAAAGUCACAUGUCAUGUGAGUUGGGGUGCCAUUGGGCAGACAGGUAUUCAAGGUGCUUGAAGAUGCUAGACAAGAGGCUAAAGAGUUAUAGUCAUUAACUAAAGAAAUAGAGAAACACUGAUCUUUUUAACAUGGAAAAGCACACAGUGAAGAGAAGUUGCAAACCUUGUCUGGGAAGUGCUGUUGAUAUCUGGCACGCCUUCACAGCCAAUCGAAAAUCACCUUUGUUCCCACCCCCGUAGUACAGAUUGUAUUGUAAGUCUGAUUUCUCCAUAGCGCUGGAGAGGCACUUGGCUGCUACAGUGAUAAUGUGUCCUGUUGCCUUAUCUUUUCAUCUUGGCCUCAGCCUGGCCCUCCCUCUACCCAUUCACUCUUUGCCAAGAAACCGGCAGACAGCCUCCUGAUUUUUUAAAAGAUUUUAAAAAAAGACUUAUUUUAUUAGGAAAGUAACACCUACUCAUAAAUAAAUUUAAACAGUACAGUCCCUCAAAUAAAAGCUGUCUACCUCUUCCCCGCUUCAAAUAGUUCCAAUUCCCAGAGGUAAUCACGGUUAACUUUUGUAUCUCUCUAGGUUUUGCCAGAUAUUUUUCUUUGUGUAUAUGAACAUAUGUAUCCAUAGCUAUCUAUCUUUUUAGUCUACCUGCAUACACAUAUAUAGACAUGUUUCAAGAAUAGUACAACUUUUUAAAUACUGAAUCAUAUGAGAGUGAACUGCUGAUUUGAUGCCCCCUCCUCCUGAAUGUUUCAGUGUGGAUUUUUUGCAAACAAGUACCUCCUGCUACACAACCACAGUACAACCAUCAGACUCAGGAGACCAGCACUGAUACAGUUACUUCCACCUACUCUCAGGCCCUGUGGGAGGCAGAAUUUCUAAAAUGCCUCCUCUCCCCAGAUGCCCCGCUCUAAUCCCCAGAACCUAUGAAUAUGAUGAAACAGCAUUCCCAGGACCAAGCUGUGUUAAAUGGUUUAAGGUAGGAACCCCCUUGAAGAUAAGAUGUUAUUUGGGUGGGUCUAAUCUAAUCACAUGGGCCCCUUUAAAAGCAGAGUUUUCUCUGGCUGGGAAAAGACAGAGA